AGAAGUGAGCAGGAGACAGAAACUCAAGAAGACAAAAAAAAACAAAAAAACUUCCUGUCACUGACACUCAGUGUUUCCUUCUGAGUCGAAAUCGUUCACAGUUAAAUAGCUCAGUUCGGCAAACGUUCCUUCAGUCCAUCUACCCGUCCUGGUCAGAUCAUCUCAGCUCAGAAUGGAGAAUCCACAGACUAUGAAGAGAGGCCCUUCUUACCAGACAUCAGCGCGCUUGAUAUGUUGGUGUGUUUUCUUGUCGAUCGUUGUUUGUCUGUCUUUUGCUUUCAGUGUCUAUUCUUUCAAGCGUGUGUCGUCGCUUGAUAAAGAAUUUCACUCAAGAACUGAGACGAACAAUUCAGGAGAGGAACAAUUCGCCACUUCAGAUAAUAACGUGGCUGAUGGAAAGGAGGUGAAAAAACUUGGUAGCAGAAAACAUCGUUCUCGACUCCCAGCGCAACGACAAUCCUUGGUUCCUGAAAACAUCCUACUCUAUGGCGAUGGACGCAGAUAUGAACUGAAAGAAACGGAUGCCAUCACACAAUGGACCAUGGGAAACAACAAUGGAAACAACAUUGUUUAUCGUCCCAGUGUGGGUCGUGUCGAGGUGAUGAGAGAUGGAUUGUACUUCAUUUACAGCCAAAUGUGCUUUUCUGGAAACAGAAACCCGGGAACAGCUGGCCAUCGUAAUUUUAUCAACCAAGAACAAAAGAUAAGAUCCGUGAUUGGCCGACAAGACACAAGUAUCGCCUGUCGCUAUCAUGGCGGUGCUUUUUAUCUGCGUGCGCAUGACACAAUUGCCGUGAAGCCAACAGCCACUGGUCAAUACUACAUGUCGGGGACGGGCUCAUUUCUUGGAGUCUUCCUUAUCUAGAGCAACUCAAAAAGCAUUUUGGGUUUCUUUUUUUUCCUUACUACGAGUUAAUGUUUGCCUAGAUUUUGUAGUUUUGUAGUAAUAAUAGUUGAGUAAUCAUCAAUUACUAACGCGCGUUAAAACCUUAAGCACGACAAGAAAGUAAGAUGUCAUAGAUGUAACACAGCAUGAGAAAGAGCAGAAAAUGAGUCUGUACUACUAUUCUUUCUUGAGGUCAUUUCUUUUCUAAAAGCUGUUAGACACCAUGAUUUGAUAAGCUACUUCUAAAGCAAUAGCACUAUACGAAAAUUAAAAACAUUUGAAGAAAAUA